AUGUCAAUUAUCAAGGAAAAAUCAGGAACUCACCAUCGUGAGGAAGAACCAAUUCAUACGAAGCGUAUGAUGGAUGCCAAUAAAGCAGUAUCUGUCUGCACAAGCACACAAACUAACAUUAGCCCAAGCCUGUGUCAUCAGUAUGCAAAGGAAACAAACCUAAGCCUUGCAGGUGAGAGACUUCUUGUCGCAUCUGGGACAUUUACCACCGCACAUCUGGUUGUUGAGGCAGACCUGGCGGCAGUGGUCGCGUUUGUCAUCGAGGUUGUUGACAGGGGAGGCCGCGUCGUUGAUAAUGGUGCCUUCGACGCCUUCGACGCCUGGGACAGCCGCGGCGCUGGCGACAGCGAGGAGGAGGGAGAGGCUGAGGAGGUUGAAGAACUUCAUUUUGAAGUGGUUGAUUGUGAUGGUAUUGAGUGGACGUAG